UUUCCUGCCGGAGCCGAUCUGUGAUCGGUCCAUGUGUUUCCGGUGUGUGUAAGGAGAGCAUCGGUGUGAUUUCACAGGAGAUUUAAUCUGUCAAAAUGCAGGACCCGAAUGAAGACACUGAGUGGAACGACAUCCUGAGGAAGAAAGGCAUCCUUCCUCCCAAAGAGGUUCCUAAAGAUGAUGAUGAAGAGGAGGAGCUGGCCCUCAAGCAGCAGUCUGUCGUUAAAACAUACGAGGACAUGACGCUGGAGGAGCUGGAGGAGAAUGAAGAUGAGUUUGGUGAAGACGAUGAAGCUGCCAUUGAGAUGUACAGACAGCAGCGUCUGGCGGAGUGGAAGGCGGCUCAGGUGAAGAACGUGUUCGGGGAGUUGGGGGAAAUCUCCGGACAGGACUACGUCAAGGAGGUCAACAAGGCCGGAGACGGCAUCUGGGUGGUGCUGCACCUCUAUAAACAGGGCAUCCCUCUGUGCACCCUCAUCAACCAACACAUGAGCAUGUUGGCCAGGAAGUUCCCUCAGACCAAGUUCCUCAAGUCCAUCUCCACCACCUGUAUCCCCAACUACCCCGACCGCAACCUGCCCACCAUCUUCGUCUACUUCGAGGGAGAGAUGAAGGCCCAGUUCAUUGGGCCGCUGGUCUUUGGAGGCAUGAACCUCAAAGUUGAAGAGCUGGAGUGGAGGUUAUCAGAGUCUGGGGCGGUGAAGACAGACCUGGAGGAAAACCCCAAGAAGCAAAUCGAAGACAAGCUGAUGUCAUCGAUCAGAUCUUCGCUUCCUACACGGAAGGACAGUGACUCUGAGGACGAGGACUAUUAGAUCUAAUAUCAGAGACAGUCGCUCCAAACUGGACACGCUGUGUGGGACACACUCAGAGGACGUCUGAGCAGGGACAGAGACUCCUCCAUCAGUUCACACAUUUCAGAUUUAAACUGUGGGCUGGAGGACACCUGGCCGGAGAGACGCCUCCUGAAGUGGGGAAAGCGCUCUUUUAUAAUUUGAAUAAACGUCCUACUCAUCAGCUGAGUUUAACUUUUUUAUUUCAUGAUGUCACAAACUGUAAAUCUGUUGAAUCAAAUGUGAGUUCACCUCGAUGCCACGUUAAUCUGUGUUCUGGAAUCAUAAAGAACUUGUUUAAGA